UGAAAAAAACAUUAAAAAUGACAAAAAUGUAUCUCAUAAUCUUCUUCGUCUUCUUUGCUGCAUCGUACUCAAUACCAUUGAGUUCGGCUGCAGAGUCCGUAACCAUCUACGAAGAUUUUGUCCGAUGUUUCAAAAACAAAACAACCAUCUCCGACGACUCUCUCUCCGACGUCGUUUUAUCCCGUACUAGCGUUUCCUUCACCCCUGUUCUACGUGCGUACAUCAGAAACGCGCGUUUCAACACCUCCACAACCCCAAAACCAUCCAUCAUCAUCUUGCCACGUGUCGAUCCCCACGUUCAAGCCGCCGUGAUAUGCGCCAAAACGCUUAAUCUCCAGCUAAAAAUCCGUAGCGGCGGCCACGAUUACGACGGUCUCUCUUACGUAUCCGCCGUGACGUUCAUCGUCCUCGAUCUCUCCAAUUACAGAAACAUCAGCGUCGAUAUAAAAGACGGCGGAGGAGGAUCCGCUUGGGUACAAACCGGCGCGACGCUCGGCGAGCUUUAUUACCGGAUAUGGGAGAAGAGCGAGAUCCACGCUUUCCCCGCCGGGAUUUGUCCUACGGUCGGCGUCGGAGGACACGUCAGCGGCGGCGGAUACGGACACUUGAUUCGUAAGUUCGGUCUCACAAUAGAUCACGUCGUCGACGCCACGAUCGUCGACGUUAACGGCCAAAUCCACGAUCGGAAAUCGAUGGGAGAGGAUCUCUUCUGGGCGUUACGCGGCGGUGGCGGCGGAAGCUUCGGCGUCGUUUUGGCUUUCAAAGUAAAACUCGUUACGGUUCCAAAAACCGUAACCGUCUUCAGGAUCGAUAAAUCAACUGACCAAAAUGCCCUCGACAUAGUUCAUAAAUGGCAAUUCGUAGCUCCAAGAACCGACCCGGGUCUAUUCAUGAGAGUGUUGUUAGCUUCUCCGACGAAGAACAAAACAAGUACGGUCAACGCUAAGCUCAGGGCGCUUUACCUUGGGAGAGCUGACGACGUCGUUUCAAAGAUGACGGAGGAGUUUCCCGAGCUUGGUUUGAAGAAAGAGGAUUGUCAAGAGAUGACUUGGAUCCAAUCACUCUUGUGGUGGAUGAACCAUGUUGAUGUGGACAAAGUCAAACCGGAAGUUUUGCUCGAAAGAAAACCGGAUUCGGCUAAAUUCCUCAAGAGGAAAUCGGAUUACGUUGAGAAAGAGAUAACCAAACCAGAAUUAAACCGGUUGUUUCAGAAAUUGGCGACAUUAGAUAGAACCGGUUUGGUUUUGAACCCGUAUGGAGGGAAUUUGAACGCGACCGCAGUGAAUGAAACGGCAUUUCCGCAUAGGCACAAACUAUACAAGAUCCAGCAUUCCACGACUUGGUCUGAUGCUGGACCUGAAGCGGAGAGACUCUACAUUGGUAACUUAAGAACGGCCUAUAGAAUCAUGACCCCGUUCGUGUCGAAAAAUCCUAGAAGUUCGUAUUUUAACUAUAGGGAUAUUGAUAUUGGGGUUAAUGAUCAUGGCACCGAUAGUUAUCGAAAGGGAGAAAUCUACGGGAGGAAGUAUUUUGGCGAGAACUUCGAUCGAUUGGUUCGGGUUAAAACCGCGGUUGAUCCGGAGAAUUUCUUUAGAAAUGAGCAGAGUAUACCUACAUUACCUACUACAAGAAGGUAAAGUACUUUUAAGUUCAUGUGACCUUUGUAACUUCUGUUUAGCGUUUCUUCAUGGAACUUGGAAUAAUUUUCAGUAGAUUUAGCUGCAAGCUAUAUACAUUAUUGCGGUUUUGAAAAAUACCCAUCUCUUUGUAAUUUACAUAGUGAUCAAACUUUUAAGAGUCGAAA